UCCUAGCCGCUGCCUGGAUGGCAGCACCCCUAUGCAUGCAGGUGCCUUCUCUGGCCGAGGGUUGGUGCUGUGGCACCUGCUGCAGGCAGGAGGUGAUCUGCGCCUGCGUGACCAGCAGGGUCGCACACCUCGAGACUGGGCUGAGCAGGGUGAUGCCAAGCAGAGCUGGGAGGUGCUGGAGCUGUUGCAGUGGUGUGGCACCCACAUGUCAGCACUGGUGCAGAGUGGGGAGCUGGCCCCCACUGUGUCCCUGAGUCAGUUGCGAGCUAGCUCUGGACACAGCCUGUGUGGCUCCCUGAACCCACUAUGGCUGGCACAGGCAGACAGGGCACUGAGGCAAGGGCAGAUCAGGAGAUCCCCCCAAACCCCAGCCUUGGGGUUCGGCCAGCUGAACAGCCUGCAGCCACCGACACUGGUAAUGGGCAUCCCACUGGCAGACCCCAAGGAGCUGGUACCAACCCUGGGGGACCCUGACCGCAGCUACGAGAGCAGUUCUCACACCCUCAUGGCCAACCUCCUGUGGAAGGGCCACCCCGUGACUGUGCGGCAGCUGAAGACCCCCGAAACCCACCCUGAUGUGCUACUGGCCGACCUUCAGCACUGCAGCACCCUGCACCACCCUGGCCUGCUGCUGCUGAUGGCACUGAGCCCCUCGGAGGACCUGUCCAGACUGAGCCUGCUCUUUGAGCCAGUGUGCCUGGGAUCCCUUUACAUCCUGCUGCAUUCAGCAAGACUGGAUGAGGAGGGUCCCCAAGCGCUGCCGGGCCUCCUGCCUGGCUCUCUGCUGCUGCAGGUGGUCGAGGCCCUGUUGUUCCUGCAGUCCCGCUACUGGGCCCACGGGGGUCUCAGUUCCCACGCUGUGCAGCUAGUGCGGCCAGGCCUGGCUAAGGUGAGCCACCUAGAACACGGGCGUCCACUGCACCAGCCCAGGCUGCAGCCCAGGCUGCAACAGGAAUACCCCCAUGGAGACCCAAGGCCAGGGCUUCCCCCACCCCCUGAGCUGUACCCAUGGCUACCACUUGAGCUGAUCCGUGGUGACAUGCCAGCCACUACCUCAGACCUCUACAGCUUCUGCAUCCUGGCCCAGGAAGUCUUCACUGGACAGCUGCCGUGGGCUGGGGGAGAGGGGCCUGAGGUGAAGGCUAAGCUGGAAGCAGGCGAGAGCCCAGCCUUGCACCCCUUGCUGCCAGCCCCCUAUCAGGCCUUGGUUCAAGCUGGGCUGGGCCUAGAGCCUGCUGACCGCUGGGGCAGCCUGCAGAGCACUCGGUACCUAUUGCGAAAGGCCAUGGCCAAGGUACAGAAAGAGCAUCUGUACCGUGAAGUGGCUCCCAAGGCCAGAUCAAGGCCUGUGCUACCUUUCCCAGACCCUUCCCAGGCCCUGGAGAGUCCUGACAUCACAGGCCACAGCAGUGUCCCGCAGAGUGCAGCCUGGGACUCGGGCAGUAGCUUGACUCUAGGCAGCAGCCUCAGUCCCAGCUCCAGUCUUCAUGUAGACCCCAGCCCCAGCCCGCUCUGUUGCCCAGAGCCCAUCUCCACAAGACCCGAUAGUGAGGAGAGGGAGCUGACGGAAGACAGUCUCUUCUGCAGUCUACAGGAGAUGGAUCUGUUGGAGGAGAUCAAGGCAGAGCUGCACAAUGUGUACCACCUGGAAGACACGCCCAGGCUGAGCCCCACUCCCGGUCCAGACUCCUAG